UUUCUGGACCUGGAUUUUACACCGCUGUUGGUUAGUCGCCCAGUCGUGGUCAGUGUCGAUGACGGAUGGCGACUACAGCGAAUGACUUUCAGUUCGUUUUAGUUUUCCUGCUGAUGACCACCGAUCAUCUCUGAGGAGCGAAGGACGGGGAACGAGUCUUGCCUCUGCCAUGUCUCAGCCGGAGCAUCUUAGCACGUCCCCCUGGGGCGUGGCCGAGUUUAUGGUGCAAAGGAAACUUCUUGGAUUUGGUGCGCUCCUGGCCUGGAUGAUCCUGUUCCACUUAUUGGUGAACGUUUGGCUUCUCUGUGUGUUCACCAGCCUCUUAGUAGUUAUAGGCGGUUGGCUUGGGUCUCAGGCUGUCCUCGACUCUGAAAGUGUGGUUCAUCUCGAGCGUUUUGUUUUGCUGGAGAAGAUCCAGUCUACUGCUGAGAGCGAGCUGGAGCUGGACCACGAGAUCCAGAAUACAGUUAGCAAGAUCAUACGAGACUUCGUCUCUUCGUGGUACAAUACCGUGUCCUCAGAGUGUGAAUAUGAGGAGGAGGUACACAAUGCCAUGAUUUCUAUGGCGAUGGAGCUCAAGCGCCGGGCGAAGAAAGUGGACAGGAAAGCUUUAACGCUGAGGACGUUGGAUCUUUGUGGAUGCCAUCUCCAGUGCUACUUAAGAGCCAAAGAACUCAUGGCUGGAAAGAAGGACAGAGAAGAAAGCAGAAGCGCUAAUGACAGUCUAUGGCAAGCGUACAGCACGACUUGCACAUCUCAUCCAGCUCUUCAGAGCCCUGCCAUAGAAGUGAAUUAUGCAAGAGCAAUUGUGGAUUUGCUUUUACAUGUUCUUGUCCCUCCACCACAUCUGGAGACCAGGACAGGGAGAUUUGUAGUGUGCGAACUUAUAACGUGCAAAAUUCUUCUGCCUUUAAUUGCCAAACUGUCCGAUCCAGACUGGUUAAACAUGUUGAUUGUAGACGUGUCUACCAGUAAGCCGCAAUCCAGACCGGUCCAAGCAGAAUCAGUAAAAAUUCCCCCUCUUCCCCCAGUAGUCAUAAAUCAAGAGAACUCACAACAGGACCUUGAGGUUCCUUCUGCUUUAACUGUGAAAGCCAAGCCUGAUACCCCUUCUGUGACUGACAUGCCAGAAUUGGCUGCUUACGAUGUCAUUGACUCUGCAGAGCUUUACUGUCCACAGAACCUAGAGGAGGAAGAAGCAAGACCGGUCGAGGCAUUUUCUUCAGCGAAUACAGGUUUUAGUUUGAAGGAUUAUCAGAGACUUGGGAAAUCCAACCCUUUCUUUCAAGAAACCGACUCUGACUUGGAGUCUCCUCUGAAUGAUUUCAAAAGAAGCUCUUUAGAGUCACUGGUUCUGAUAGGCCCAGAGGAAGCAAUGUCAGAAAGACCUGCAGAGUGCCAAACGCUGGUAGAUGGUGUGCUGGACCUGGAGGAUGAGUUCCGUGUCUAUUCCAGCACAGCAGAGACCACGUGCCCUAAGGUGGUGGUCUCAGAGAUGCAAGAACAGCCUUCCGAUGCCGCUGAAGGGGAAGAAGAGUUAUCGUCCAGCUUUUGUGCUCUCCAAGACCUUGAGAAGAGUGACACCAAAGUGGACCUGGGGCUGACGGGUGUUGAGCAGUCAGGGGCAUUGAAUCCCAGUGAGCUUCUUCUAACGGAUUCUCUUCAAGCCUCCUCACCUUCAGGGGGAGCCGUGCCACUUUCUCCUUUCGCCUUUGAACCCCUUAGUAGCCCUGAGGGCCCAGUCGUUAUUCAAAACCUUCGCAUCACGGGUACCAUCACAGCGAAGGAGCACAGAGGAACCGGAUCACACCCCUACACUCUUUACACCGUGAAGUAUGAAACUGCAGUGGACUCUGAGAAUCCAGGCACAUUGCAGCCAGUGGCUUAUCACACAGUCAGUCGUCGCUACAGUGAAUUUCUGAACCUGCAGACGCGUUUGGAGGAGAAAUCUGAAUUACGCAAAAUCCUAAAACAUGUCAAAGGACCCAAGAAAAUCUUUCCUGAUCUCCCUUUUGGAAACAUGGACAGUGACAAAGUUGAAGCCAGAAAAAGUUUGUUGGAAACAUUCCUUAAGCAACUUUGUGCCAUUCCUGAAACUGCCAACAGUGAGGAAAUGCAAGAGUUCCUGGCCCUGAACACUGAUGCAAGAAUUGCUUUCGUGAAGAAGCCUUGUAUUGUUUCACGCAUAGACAAGAUUGUGGUGAAUGUUAUCGUGGACACCUUGAAAACGGCCUUCCCCCGAUCAGAGCCACAGAGCCCCACUGAUGAGGUGGACGCUGAGCCUGAUGGGAAAUUACCUUCUGACAAGAAAAAUAAGCCAAGGAUGCGCUUCUCCAGUAAAAUCGCUCCUGCUCUUAACGUGUCUGACAUGAGACCCAAAGUGCUUUACUGCUUCAAUGAGUGCACCACUGUGUUUAAUAGCCUCAACAUGCACGAUCUAGAGAGCGUCAUGUCCGAGCAGGGCAAUCUUGAGUUCAAGGCACAGAUUAAAGAUGCAGAUGGGGAGCAAGAUGUCAACGCUGGUGCCAAGGGGGAUUCGGAGCCCUGUGCAUGUGCAAAAAGAAAGCAACAGAAUAUAGUUGUACAAGACCAAGGGGAGACAGUACUUGCUGACAUGGCUCUGAACGUCCUCUGUCUACUGAUGAAGGAGCAGUGGAGUUGGCUGUGCACUGAGAAUAUCCAGAAGAGCAUCAGACUGCUGUUUGGGACCCUUAUAGACCGGUGGCUGGAUGUCGGUGUGGCCAAUCUGACCUGCACACAGUACUGGGUCACCUACCUGCAAGUGCUGCAGGAUGCUGUGUGGCCUGGGGGACGCCUGCCCACCCACCCGCGGCCUCAGCGCACCCAGCAGCAGAAAGACGAGACCAAGCAGCAGUCCCUGCAGUGCCUGAUGAAGCUGGUGCCGGAUCUGCUCUCAGAUAUGCUGGGCUCCGAGAAGUACAAGCUCUCCUGGCAGAUGCUGCUGGACUCCAUCCAGGAUCCUACCAUAAACAGGCAUCUGGUGUACUGCGUGUGGGAGCUGCUCAUCGAGUUCCUCAUCCCUGAGGCGUCCGAUGAAGACUUUCAGAAAACCCUGCUCCACAGCCUCUCCAAAAAUGCCGAGAAACUACCACCAUAGGAGCUCUGGAAGACAUCACCGCCGGACACACAUGCGUUUACACAAACAUAUCAAACCCUCUUGUUAAAAAAGGUCAGCGGUCAGACGCGAAGGUACGUUAGAAUGAAUAAGUGGACAUGGGACUGGUGGAUGCUUUUGGGUCUGGAUCUGAUUUAGCCCUUACAUUUCUGGGUCUGAAACGCACUACAUGUAUCCGGCCUCGCUCUGAUUACUGCCCACCUGUUUUGUGUUUUAUCAGACCAAGCCUGAUCUCAAAAACACCCCUGUACCGGAUCUGAAUUAGAGGAUUCUCAGACGCCUUAGCGAGCUCUUAUCCACUUUCUUCCUGCUGGCGCUUCUGCGCAAAAACCUUUUGCAGAUGGGUCGUUGCUGAUGUCCAUCUCUGAAAUGCCAUAUCAAAUAUGAUAACACCAAGACAGAAUGGAAACUGGCUGUUGAUUCUUUCCUCACUGUCCUUCUCUCUUAUUCCAUUCUUUGUUGUUGGCCUUUUUCAAGGCAGUACAAAAGUUUACCAGUCACCUGAUUCCCUCUCUUGCCCUUUGCCGUGAGGGCUGCACUGUGAAGCACGUGAUUCCUGUCUUUGCUUGGAGCGCUCUUCAGCAAUUGCUAACCUAUUCUUGUCUCGCCUCCUUGCUGUGCAUUUUGGCAGGAGUGUUUUUCCAUGACAUUCUGCUUUACUGUGUGAUUUGCCGUUAACACGUCAACAUAUGUGGCAUGUGUUUUUGGUGUCAUGCUGAGACCGUACGUGCUUUAUGGGCUUUCAGCUGUGUUUCACUCUUUACAACUUAAUCUAUCUGUGCAUGGCUUGUGAUUUGGCUCUGCAGUACUUUCCUAAAGUUGCCCUUUAACAAAGGUUAUACGUAAUAUGAUUUAGAGUAGCUCACAGAAGGGCCCAGUUGUCUUAACCCAGAUUGUCUUAACGGGUGAGUUUCAACAUUGAACUGAUCAGUUUUCUUUCCAUUCCAAGUAAUAUUACAAUGUUUUAUAAGUACCAGUCGCAAGUUUGCACACAUCUGACUGCUUUUUUCAUAAUCAUAGACACUUCAUCUAAAUACUUAUGUCUCAAGAUGACUGAAUGAAUUUGUUCCUAUGACAAAUACUAAUUGAUACCUAUGUAUGAAAUUAUGGAUUUUUUUUUUCCUUCUCAGUUCAAAAAUAAAAAAAAAUGCAGUACUGUGCAAAGGGCAGGUACCAUUUAUUAAAAGGCCAAUCAAAAUGGCUAUUAAGGACAGGUUAUUCAUUUUUUAUGAGGCACUUCUGAGUCAAAUAAAUAAAUAAAUAAAACAGGAGUUUCCAAAACAAAUCAUAAAAGAUAAGGUGAAAUUGAGAUGAGGAUAAAACUCCACUCUCACUUAAGAUCUGACAGAAUCUAAGUGUUUCUGUAUAUCCUUCCACUGGGAGAGGGCAGCUCGAGAAAUCCUUACUUAGCAAAUAAAACGGACAGAAAAACAGAGUUUGCUAGUCAGACUGAGCUGGCUCUGGUGACCCUGAGGUCACCCCAGAGUCCAGACCUCACCAUCACUGAAUUCUUGGGAUUGCUUGUAUUGUGAGAAGCAGAAAAUGCAACCGAUCUCUGAGUAGUUUGGAAGUAUGGUGAAAUCUCCUGGCAGGUUUCUCUGGAAACCUGAAAUUAAAUACUGAAAAAAGUUUAGUUGUUGAGGUUCCUGAGUAAUUUUCUGCUAAAUGUUUUCUCCUUUGUUCCUAGUGCUGGUUUGGUUUUGGCACAGUACUGUAUGCAUUUUUAAAUACCCCCCAGCAAGUAAUUUUCAGCAACAACAAGGUAUUAGCAUAUGUAUUAUCUUUGUUUCUGUUGAAAAGAAUGAUCUCAAGUGGUUCAUUAUGAAGGCUCUUGAGAGAAUUGCAUCAACGUAAAGGGGGGGGGGGGGUAAAUGCCUAAAAGAAUCUAAAAUAUGACCAAGAUUUGAUCACUUUAACACUUUUUUUGCUCUCUGCAUAAUUCCACGUGUUAUUUCAUGAUGCCUUCGCUGCUAUUCUAACCUGGAAAAUAGUAAAAGUGAGGAAAACCUUUCUAUGAGUAGGACUGUACAAACUGACUGGUACUGUAGGAUAUUAUGUAAAACACCCUGAUCUGCUGAUUUAUCACGUACACCUACCUUAUAUCUCCACUGAUGGUUGUUUUAUCAGGUCUAAAUACCACAUAGGUGCACUUUGUAGGUUUACUUUUACUGUCUGUAGCUCAUCUGUUGCUGCACAGUUUAUCUGCUUCCAUCCAUCAGUGGAAAAGGAGCACCACUGACUAGAUAUUAUUUGGGUGAUGGAUGAUGAUGAUGAUGUUUUAGCGUGUUUUUAGACCAUAUGUACACACGCUGGCCGCUUUAUUAGACAUGGUUAUCUUUAUGGUUUGAUCAUUUUCUCUGCACAGUGUGUUGGUUUUCAUCUAGUUCUUCAUCAGUGGUCAGUAUUCGACCACAGGUCCACUGUUGGCUGGAUAUUUUUGGUUGGUGCACUGUUCUCAACUCACUGGUGAUUCAGAGGUCUGGUACACUCAUACCAGCGCUGGACUCACAAGGUGUUGCUUAUGCAUAGCGACAGAUGGAGAACUGUAGUCAUCACCAACUUUGGUUCUGGAAAUCUACAAUCCUGUGGUGUCCAGCUCCAGCCACAAUCUGCCACACCUGCCCCAGCUAAUGAACUUCCUUAGUAUUGGUUAAGUGGGGGCAACAAUAUGCAUUUUGGAACUAAACUCAGCAUGAAAGUAGAUCUUCAAGGGUUUGGUGACCAUUGGGGUACAGGCAGCAAGUGUAAACCUACUAAAUGCACCUAUAUGGUAGGUGUUUCUGAUAAAAUGGCCAAUGAUGCACCUAAUAAACUGCCGACUUUGUGUAUAUGCUUUGCAUUGAUUUAGUUCACUGUGCAUUUUUAACUUAUUUAUUUGGUUGUAAAUACUGAAGUGGAUAUUUUUUUCCCCACUCUGUCUCUAAAAAUACUAGAUGUCUAAACUGCCUUAAAAUGUAUGUGAAUAAGUCUUGACGUUGUCUGUAAAAUAAUAGAAAUGGUGGCCAUAAAGCUUAAAUCAGUCUGUAAUGUUCAAUACAAUUAACAAUGAAAA